UCCGCCGCAACGAGCCGGGAGCCGAGCCGCUCCGCGCCGCGAUCUGGCCAACCUUGCGGCGGCCUGAGACUUCCCCGCCCGGCAAGGGGGUCAGGGUGCCGGGGAACCCCAGCUUUGUUUCCGGAGCUGGGGCGCCGCGGUUUCUCAACUCUGCUCUCCACCCCCACAGGAAACGCCCAGAGCCACCCACCCAGCGCCGAGGUCUACAAAGCCCUGAGCUUCCGAAGGCGGGAGGGGUUGGGCGAGCCCGAGAGGCAGGAGGAUCCCCCCGACCCAGGCUCACGCCGGGUUCCCGGAUCAGGCCUCCUCCGGCCCCAUGAAGACCCCCAGGCCGGGGCUGAGAGCCUGGCGCAGCCCGGACCGAAAUCUUGCGGCGGCCUUAGAGCGUUAGACAGGAUGCGGCUGGGCCGCCGGGCCCUCUGCGUGCUGGUCCUGCUGCUCGCCUGCGCCUCUCUGGGGCUCCUGUACGUGAGCACCCGGGACGCUCCGGGCCUCCGGGCACCUCUUGCGCUGUGGACGCCCCUGCAGGGCCCCUCCAGACCAGAGCUGCCAGACCUCUCGCCUGAGCCCCGCUAUGCACACAUCCCGGUCAGGAUAAAGGAGCAAGUGGUGGGGCGGCUGUCUGGGAACAACUGUAGUUGUGAGGCCAGUGGAGGGAGCUUUCAUUUCCCCUUCCAAAGGCAGCUCCGAGCCAUUGACCUCACGAAGGCCUUUGACCCUGAAGAGCUGAGGGCUGCCUCUGCCUCCAGGGAGCAGGAGUUCCAGGCCUUCCUUUCAAGGAGCCAGUCUGCUGCUGACCAGCUGCUCAUAGCCCCUGCCAACUCCCCUCUUCAAUACCCCCUGCAGGGUGUGGAGGUCCAGCCCCUCCGGAGCAUCUUGGUGCCAGGGCUGAGCCUGCAGGCAGCUUCUGGUCAGGAGCUUUACCAGGUGAACCUGACUGCCUCUUUGGGCACCUGGGACGUGGCCGGGGAAGUGACGGGAGUGACUCUCACUGGAGAGGGGCAGCCUGAUCUCACCCUCACCAGCCCAGGGCUGGACCAACUCAACCGGCAGCUACAACUGGUUACUUAUAGCAGCCGAAGUUACCAGGCAAACACAGCAGACACAGUCCGGUUCUCCACGGAGGGACAUGAGGCCGCCUUUACCAUCCGCAUAAGACACCCACCCAACCCUCGGCUGUACCCACCUGGGUCUCUACCCCAGGGAGGUGAGGCUGCCCAGUACAAUAUCAGCGCCCUGGUCACCAUCGCCACUAAGACCUUCCUUCGUUACAAUCGGCUUCGGGCGCUCAUCACCAGCAUCCGCCGCUUCUACCCAACGGUCACCGUGGUCAUCGCCGACGACAGCGACAAGCCAGAGAGCAUUAGUGGUCCCCACAUCGAGCACUAUCUCAUGCCUUUUGGCAAGGGCUGGUUCGCAGGCCGGAACCUGGCCGUAUCCCAAGUAACCACCAAGUACGUCUUGUGGGUGGACGACGACUUUGUCUUCACGGCGAGGACGCGGCUGGAGAGGCUUGUAGACGUGCUGGAGCGGACGUCGCUGGACCUGGUCGGGGGCGCGGUGCGCGAGAUCUCCGGCUUCGCCACCACCUACCGGCAGCUGCUGAGCGUGGAGCCCGGCGCGCCAGGCCGCGGGAACUGCCUCCGGCAAAGGCGCGGCUUCCACCACGAGCUCGUCGGCUUUCCGGGCUGCGUGGUCACCGACGGCGUGGUCAACUUCUUCCUGGCGCGCACCGACAAGGUGCGCGAGGUCGGCUUCGACCCGCGGCUCAGCCGCGUGGCGCAUCUGGAAUUCUUCCUGGACGGGCUUGGUUCCCUGCGGGUGGGCUCCUGCUCAGACGUCGUUGUGGAUCAUGCAUCUAAGUUGAAACUGCCUUGGACCUCAAGGGAUGUGGGGGCAGAGACUUAUGCCCGGUACCGCUACCCCGGAUCGCUGGAUGAGAGUCAGGUGGCCAAACACCGCCUACUCUUCUUCAAACACCGCCUGCAGUGCAUGACCGCAGAAUGAUGGCCACUCGGGCCUUCCAACUCUCAGGCUGGGCCUGCCUCCUUGUCCCUGCCAGGAAUUUCUAGCAAACCCCACCCACCACCCAGUGACUACUCCACUGACUGUCCCUGAUCCCCUUCAGAAUCCGAUCCCAAAUAGGGGCUUGUCCUGGUGACACUCCUCCUUUCUUCGAGUGCCCAGCGAUGCGAUGGAGCCAUAACUCGACCCAUGGCCAGUGCCAAGUCCUCCCCCCAACCCUCUUCUCAUGGGGCAGGAAGUGGGGGGGGUCACUUUCCAAGUGCCAAAAAGCCCAUGGGGACUCUAAGAACCUAAAAUGGAAAUACUCUCAUCUCCUUGGGACUGAGGGGAUGGGGAAGCCCCCAACGUGUAUUCCCAGGGCUGUGCCCCCUCCCCCAUCUCUGGAUCCAGGACUCUGUGCACCGGUUCCAGCCCCACCCCUGUGGAGAGAACCAGUGACUCCGGAGCUGGGGCGGGGCCUGGUGAACACACAAGUGAAAGCCAUUUUUAGUUGUGUCUCUGCAAUGCCGCGGGCAUGGAGAAAGGGGCACCGAGGGCCGGCGUGUGGACACCCAGACUCACUUCAUGAACCCCA